UGAAUCUUAGAAGAGACAACUUCAACUUUCAAACUUCUGUCCGAUGUCUCGGAAAGUACUUUGAGAUGAUAUGAUCCUACUGCACUUCUUACUGGUGUGAUCAUAAAACAGUACUCCAUCAUGCGCCCUUUACCAGGCGACGACUCCUACUCAGGGCGGUCUCGAAGUACCAGCUUCGAUAACGACCCGACUCCACUGGCAACCCGCAGUCAAGCUCCGCAGAUGUCCUAUUUCAUAGCAGACGAGAAGACUAUGGAAGCUUCAACAUCUCGGUUGCCGAGUACUCCCCCAAAACAGCGAGAUCUUUCCAAAAGCGGGUCGUACGGCGUUGAGAGUCUUGAAACCACGAUAAGCUCUCUAGUUCAAGAUAGCGACGAUGCGGACGAUAAGCUGCGGAAUGCAAGGCACAACUGGAAGAAGCAUCUAGGACAACGCAUGUCAAGAAAAUCAGAAGAGGAUUUGUCUCAGCCAACAUCGCCGUCUACUAGAUCCUCAGGCGAAGCUAGCCGGAAUGCCUCCCCAUCCUUUCAACGCAGCUCAUCCCAAGCUACAAUCUCGAGGCCUUCCACUCCACUUUCAUAUGGCUCACCAGCCCCUCGGUCUUUCAUGAGCAGCCCCGACUCUCGUCGAAACUCCGACGCUGGUUCGUUGAUGGACGAAGUUGCUAGUCAAGCAAUCAUAUCGAGUGGCGAUGAGGAGAAAGACAUGGGCAGAGAGAUGAUUGAUAGUGGAAGUGCUCCGCAAUUGGUCAUGCCGAGUAUCAAGAUGCCUAGUAGGCGACCAUUCACAGAAAGAGGAAAGAACAUGGGCAGAUUGAAGGUUUUGAUUGCUGGUGAUUCAGGUGUUGGUAAGACGUCUCUCAUCAAAGCAAUCGUUCAAGUUUGCGAGGACAUUGUUCACGUCGACCCUUUAUCUGCUACUCCUAUAACCAUACCAGCGACCAGACGGAAGAGUUUGCGAACGAAGUCCAGAAAUGGGAGUGCGGAUCUUCAAACCACAUCACAGAUCACAGAGAUAUAUGCAAGCACACGAUCCUACCCAUCUUGGUGGUCUGACCUGGAGGAGAGCCGCGUAUUGCGGAGAAGGAAGAGCAUGGGUGAUUCGGUUCUGGAAAGAAACCUUUGCUUCGUUGAUACCCCUGGUUAUGGCAACCAGACAUCAUGCUUGGAAUGCAUAACCCCGGUAAUCGACUACAUCGAAUCUCAAUUUAAGAAAGUGUCGAGUUUUGAGGGCAUGAGCGAGCCAGAAAUGGUGAACUUGUUGAGUGGCAAUGGCGGAUCACAGGUUGAUGUUGUCCUAUACGUGGUAUCUAAUAAAAUAAAGCCAGUUGAUAUCGAGUAUUUGCGCCGACUGUCAGCCCUCACAAAUGUUAUUCCACUCGUUGCACGAGCUGAUGCGUUCUCUCCGGAAGAGAUAUCAUCACUGAAGGAAAACAUCAUGAGCGAAUUGGAGACGGCAGAUAUUAAGCCUUUUCUGUUUGGCCUCACUCCAGAAGCUGCCCAGCAUACGUCUCAGCCAUCACCCCCAUACGCGGUAUCGACCACUCCUUCCAAAGACCACGACACUAUGGAUGCCAGUCUCCUCAUGUCUCCGGACUAUAUUCAACCUCUUAUUCCCUCUGAAUUACAUACACUUGUCGCCCAAGUCUUUGACCCGGACUCAGUGUCAUGGCUUCGACACUCUGCUGCGAAGAAAUUCAUCACUUGGCAUUCUUCCUCUACUCCAGUGUCCAGGCCCCAAGCACUUUACAAACCUCUCACAUCGUCGAUUUCGGGCUCCCAAAGCUUGACUGCUCCUGUCGGAGCUACAACCUCUUACGCGUUAGCCCGGAUCACAGAUCAUACUCAACGCGAAGAGCGGAUUGCCCAAGUAAGGCUUGCCAACUGGGCUGCGGAUCUUCAGCGAAGUUUGCAAAACGAGCGCGCCAGAUUUGAGGCACUAGCUAGAAGUGAGCGUGCCGUAUGGUUGACCGAAAGACUCGGAGAAUGUGUCUCUGAUGGCACAAUCGUUCCGAUCUCACAAGCCAGGAAGAAUGACCCAGACUACGAUGCCACUUCGGGAGCCCUUGUGAAGCAGGGAACAUAUUCCAGAAGACGAGUACAGCGAGAUGCUCGAGGCGGUGUAGAUAUACAUGAUCCCCUGGGCCUACUUAUGCUGAACGAGGAGCUCAAGCGGAAAGGUUGGUUUGUCUUCAAGGUUGUCAGCAGCUUCGGAAUUCUCGGUGGACUUGCAUAUUGGGUUACUCGCACCAUUCAAGGUGCCGAGACCCACACUUCAAUGUUCGGCCUCGGUGGGAUGAGUAUCCGAGACUGGGUCGAGCUCGGAGCAGUAGAUUGGCGAUGAGAGUGUGAAAGUAGGCGCAUGCGGGUAGAACGGUGACUUUUGGGCGUUGCAUUGACUGUUUGUUAUGGGUCCCUCCCCCCUUUUCUAGCCUUCUUUGGCUAUGGCUGCCUACAGGCUUGGAUGCUUUCGAUGCGAGAUGAGAUCAGAUGAUUUGUUGCAUAGGGGCUAGGUGUCUGGUUGAGCAUACAGAGAGCUUGGAGUAUUCCCCUCUUUUUCUAAGUUUCCACAUUAGCGAUAUUCACAACUCUGGAGAUAGGCUAGCAAUGAGAUACCUACAAAUACACUACUUUGAAAACAGA